AUGCCCAACCGCCCGACUCAGGCCGUACUCGACGUUGCGCACCAUUUCCCCUUCUCCAUGCCCAUCGAGGCACCUCGCGUGCCCUUCCUCAACACCAUGUCCCACGCCGCGUCUAUCUAUACGUCGAGCGUGACGCCGGCCCACUUGCCUUGGAACACGUACAACUACUGCAACGCGCCGCGCGUCAGCGCUGCGCACUACAUCAAGCCGCAAGGUCCAGGAACCGAGGGCGCCGAGCUGGUCUAUCUCAACGUCGUUCAGCGACACCACAAGCGCACGCCGGACAACACGUAUCCAAACGAGCGCGCUUACAACCCGACAGCAUGGGAGUGCGACGACUUCAAACAGGUCAGCUACGGCAUCGGCACCGGCAACGCCUCUAGGCUGAGGACCCAUUCCGUUUACCACCAGGUCGAGACGCCGUCCUGGCACCCGCUGGCUUCGCUCAUCUGGGAAGGCAGCUGCGACAAGGGGCAGCUCACGUCUGCCGGCCUACAGGACUCGAUCCAGCACGGCAAGGACUUUGCCAGCGUCUACGGUCCCAACGGUGUCAACCCGCUGUUGAAGCACGGCGUCAACGAAAGGGACCUAUACAUUCGCACGUCGAAUGCCGAUCGCACGUAUCAAGUCAGCGCUGGCCUGCUCGCCGGAAUGGGCUACCGCAACGAGUUCCCCGUCCACACCCAGCCGCAGAGCAUCGACGACAUCGUGCCCAAUUAUAGCUGUGCGCAUGCCGACGACCUGCGAGACUCUUACCAGCAGCUGCCGGCCUGGACCGAUCACAUCAAGAGCAAGGCUGGCCUCUUUGCCAGCCUCAACGCGGUGGUCGGCACGGCCAACCAGAGCAGCUGGAACACAUGGAUCGACCACCACUUUGAUGCCAUGGCCUCAAGGCAGUGCCACGGACAUUCUCUGCCCGAGAACCCCGAGACAAAGGAGGCCAUUGGCCAGGAUCUCGCCAACCAGGCCUACGCCGAGGGCGAUUGGGAGUACGAUUACAUCUGGAACACGGCUGAGGGCGCCGAUGACUACGUCAGAUACGGAUUCGGCGUCUUUGUCCAGGAGCUUGCCGAGAAUCUCAAGGCGUUCCGUGACGGCAAGGAGCGGCACAAGGUCAAGUACUACGUGGGCCACGACGGCACCAUGGUGAGGCUGUUCAAGAGCCUCGCCCAGAGCGGCCAGAUCCGAUGGCCUGCCAUGGGCUCCGAGGUCGUCAUCGAGGUGUGGCGCAAGCCAAACGGAAAGGGACAGAACGACAAGCAGCACUACGUCCGUAUCCUGCAGUACGGUUCCACGAUGGCCACCAAUGCCGACCUCCUUGCGUCCUCGCCCGGUCACGGGGGCGACGGCGGCCACCUCAUUGCUUGGACACCGCUGGACGAUGUGAUCAAGUACCUCGAGUCCAGGGUACCCGCCGAUCUGUACGAGAAGUGCGUUCAGGGCUGA